AUGUUCAAGGCCGCGAACCCAUACGACGACAUCGUCAACAAGGCCACCGACGAGAACCUCACCGCCGAGAACUGGGAGCUGAACCUCGAUGUCUGCGACAAGGUCUCGGGCGACGGCGAGGCGGGCGCACGCAACUGUCUCGCCGCCAUCAUCCGACGCCUCUCGCACCGCAGCGCCAACGUGCAGCUCUACGCCCUGACGCUCUGCGAUGCCCUCUCCAAGAACGCCGGUGCCGCAGCCCACCGCGAGCUGGCGUCGCGCGCCUUCACCGAGACGCUGCGCCGCCUCUUUGGCGACCGCAACGUGCACGUCACCGUCAAGCGCAAGGCCUGGGCGCUGCUGCGCGAGUGGGGACGCGAGUGGGGCGAGAGCGAGGAGGGAGGCAUGCUCGUGGAAACUAUCGAGAGCCUCAAGAGCCAGACCGGUGAGUGCCCCAACGGCACCUCUGUCCUGCCGCCGCUCAUCCCCUCUCAGUCCUCCGAGCAGCUUCGUGCCGAGGAUGAAGAGCUGCGCCGCGUGCUCGAGCUGUCCAAGCUAGACACUGGCGGCCGCUCAGCAUGGACCGGCGACUCGCAGUACAGUCGCGAGACUCCUGGCGCAGGCGCAAGCAGCGCUGCAGCAGCCGGAAGUGGCAGCAGCUCUCGUGCCCAGGGCGCCUCUGCGCCCAACGCCAGCGGCUACGUCGCUUCGCCUGCGGCUGCGCAGCCCGCCGCGUCCUUCGCCUCUGCACCGACUGCCAAUGGCUCGUCGUCGUCCUCGCGCGGCGCCUCCUCGUCGCAGACCGCGGCCGCUGCCCCUACGGCUGCCGCACCUGCUGCAGCGGUGCCCGCGGCUCCCUCGCGCGUGCGUGCGCUGUACGACUUUGCGCCGACCGAGGCUGGCGAACUGGCCUUCUCCAAGGGCGACAUCGUGCGCGUGCUGGACUCGGUGUACGAGCACUGGUGGCGCGGUGAGCUGCGUGGCGAGGCGGGCAUCUUUCCCGUCAACUACGUGGAAGUGCUGCCCGACCCGACGCCCGCCGACCUGCAGCGCGAGGCCGAGCUCGAAGCGCGCAUCUUUGCGCAGGCCGGCAACAUCGACCGCCUGCUGAGCAAGCUUCGCGAACUCGACCCGAGCCGCGACAAUCUAGCCGAGGAUGAGGAGCUGCAGGAGCUCUACCAGUCCUCUCUCUCCAUGCGGCCCAAGAUCGUGCGACUCAUCGAUCGCUACAGCGUCAAGGUCUCCGAGCUGCGCGCCAUGAACGACAAGUUUGUGCGAGCGCGCUCGAGCUUCGACCAAGCAAUGGAGCAGAGUCUGGCAAAGUACAACCCGAGCGCCGCUGCUGCCGACUACACGCAGCAACGCCCCGAGUACGCGGCGCAGCAGCAACAGCAACAGCAGGAAUACGCGGCGCAGUGGGCGCAGUGGUAUGCUGCCAACGGCUACCCCGCAGGACAGGCACCGCAGGGUGGACAUCCGCAGCAGCAGCAGCAGCAGCAGCACGCUCAGCAGCCUCAGCAGGCGCAGCCGCAGCAGCAGCCGCAGCAGCAACCGCAGCAGCAGGCACAGCAGGCGCACCCGAAUCCCAACGAUCCGGGCUACGCCGAGUGGUACUAUGCCCAGCCGCCGUAUGCGCAGCAGCCGCCACAGGCCCAGGCAUCGGCGCCAGCGCCGGGCAACCCGCAGCUGCAGGGCGCAGAUGCGCCGCAUGACGACGAGAAGCGCAAGCUGUUCGAACGCGCCAGAGCCGAGGCCGAGGCGUACCAUCGUGCGGCUCAGCAGCAACAACAGCAGGCUGGGGGAAGUGCGGGCCCCGCUUGA